AUGAGAUCCUUUACCAUGAUCCGGUAUGUUGAGAUGAGUGUCUUGAACUCCAAACAGAAAGGUGAAAAGCAGUUUAAUGUUAAAGUUGAAGCUACGGAGGAAGAAGAGACGUAUCCAAUGGGAGAAGAUCUGUGUGACGAGGAAAACAUGACUUUGCAGCCCACCGCAAAGAUAUAUUUCAUUCUGAAGUCCACCCUGUUCCCGGAAAGCCUGGAAGACCUAAAUAUAAUUGUUAAAGAAGAAGAAGAAGUGAAGGAGAAUGUGUCUGUUAAAGAAGAAGCGAAGGAGGAGGAGAUUGCGAUGCCGGUGAUCACUGAUGAGGAGGAAAUUCCGGCAGAAAUUGGUGCAGAUGGCCAAUAUGUCCAAAAGAGCUCCGAGGUACAGAGCUUAUCUCCGGACUGUGAUGUAGAAGAGGAAGACAUAACGCAAGAUUUUCCAGAAGAGAACCCCACUAGGCUAUACUCCUGUCCCGAAUGUGAUAAAUGCUUCAGCCAGAACUCCACGCUCCUUCAGCAUCGCCGAACCCACACCGGCGAGAAGCCAUUCCUGUGCUCCGAAUGUGGAAAAAGCUUCACGCGCAAGUCGAUCCUCAUUGAGCAUCGGAGGAUCCACACGGGCGAGAAGCCUUUCUCGUGCUGGGAGUGCGGGAAAAGUUUUACGCAGAGGUCAGGGCUGAUUCUGCAUCACAAAACUCACGGGGGGGCAAAGAAAUUCCCUUGUUCGGGGUGCGGGACUAUUUUCACUCCCAUGACCAACUUCGAGACGGGAGAACAGACCUUCUGCUUCAAGUGCCGAAAGCUAUAUCCGCCGGUUGCCCACCUCUCCGAGGAGGAGAAGACAUUUGACUGUACAGAGUGCGGAAAGUGCUUCUCGAGGAAGUCGACGCUUCUCGAACAUCAGAGAAUCCACACGGGUGAAAAGCCUUAUUCGUGUUCCGAGUGCGACAAAAGCUUCACGCGGAGAUACAUCCUGGUGGAGCACCAGCGAAUUCAUACGGGGGAAAAGCCUUUUACGUGUUCCCAGUGCUGGAAGAGUUUUUCAAAAAGUUCCGGCCUGCUAAUGCACCAAAAAAUUCACACGUUGGAAAAGACUUUCCCGUGUUCGGAGUGCGGUAAAGAUUUCACUCAGAGGUCGAAGGUCUCACCAGGCGAAGACGAGAGCUCCUGCCCUGAGUGCAAGACCUCUUCUACCCGGAAUCCCCGCCGCACAGGGUCACCGAAGCUUCAUACUUGCUCGGAGUGCUCAAAGACUUUCCGCUACAAGUCGUACCUCAUCACGCACCUGAGGUCCCACACAGGCGUGAAGCCAUUCACGUGUUCCGUGUGCGGGAAAUCUUUCACUCAGAAAUCCGGCUUCGAUACGCAUCAGAGGGUCCACACGGGCGAAAAGCCGUUUUCCUGCCUCGACUGCGGGAGAUGUUUCACGCAGAAGUCAAAGCUCGUCUACCAUCAGCGGGCUCACAGCAACGAGAGGCCCAGGAGGAGGACAGCGUCAAUGAGCGAUCCAAGGGCAGGUGAUAUUUUAGACUCGAGCUGA